CUCCACCAAACUUGCUGAGUUUCUCCAGCACGUCCUGUUUUUAAUAUUUUUGCAGAUUGUCUUUUUUGUCACCGUCAAGUCUAGCCCUGACAAUUUCCAUUGUUCGAGACACGUGCAACAAACAGGUAACAGGAAACUACUAUCGGGCGUGUGGUUUCGAUUCAGUUACAGUACACGGAAUGUAUUGCACGGGCAAAUACACUCAACACACGGGGGAAGAGAUAUCCCAUCGGUGUAACUCCGCCUGUAACCUGUGAUGUAAGGACGCUGUGCAUUGAGUAGAGACGCUGUGAGACACUCGGCUAAUCUCUUUGACAAACCAUCUUGGGGAGCUGUUGCAAGUUUGUUACAGUCAGUGCUGACAGCCCAGCCGGUUAGCGGGGUCGCCCUGAUGAUCUGUGUGCUGCUCGUCGCUGGACAUGGGACAUUGCUGGAGAGCGAGAUCAAGAAUGAAGCCACAGGCCUCUACAGCCAUUUAGUUGGGAUCCCAAAGGCUCUGUUACCGGGAGUUGGUGGGAAAAAGAUUCUGGAUUUCUGGUGGGAAGUUGUGAACAUACGCCAGCUCUUCAGUGAUGUCUACCUUGUCACAAAUGCAGACAAGUACAAGUACUAUGAACGAUGGGCAACUGCCAAUGAUUUUCCAGUGGAAAAUAUUAUUAACGAUGGGUCGACAACCAGCCAAACACAGUUAGGGGCAGUGGCUGACUUGGAGCUCGUGAUCAGGAGCAAGAGGUUCAAUGAUGAUGUCAUGGUGGUUGCUGGGGAUAUGCUGUGUGAAGAUUUGAACUUUGAUAUAGCUGAAGUUCUCAAGUUCUUUAAGUUUAAGAAGGGAGAAUUGGCAAUUUACUAUGAAAUGGAAGAAGGAGAGAAGACAGAAUCUCGGGGAAUAGUUGAGGUGUGCCCCUUGACACACAGAAUCACCAAGUUUUAUGAGAAGCCCUCUUCAGAAGUUACAGAAUCGAGGCUGGCAAGUGUUGUCUUUUAUUGUUUCCAAAACAAGACACUGCCGACUCUCGGGGAAUAUUUGAAGAUGCAUCUGCUGGUGGAGGAUCGAAGGCUUGGGAAGUAUAUGGAAUGGCUCAUCAACAAGACUGGAAUCACAGUGUUUGGAAUGAAGCUGCCUACUGGAUUCCAGCUAAUUGGACAAGUGGAUCUCUCUGAGUACAAGAAGUGGCUGGCGUGCUACUCUUCAAAGCAACAUGGUAUUGCUGCCAAAUCAAUCACCUGUCGUUCCUAUGCAAGGAUAGGAAUUAUGGGAAAUCCAUCAGAUGGCUUCUACGGAAAAACCAUUGCCAUGACGAUAUCUAAUUUCUGGGCUGAUGCGAUGAUUUUUGAAAGCAAAAAAGUCGUGCUAAUACCACAUCCUCUCAAUGAUCCCACAGAGUUCGGUAGCUUGCAAGAUUUACACAGGAUCAGUCGGAAGGAAGGGUAUCUGGGUGGUCUGAGACUGCUUCAAGCAACUUGUAAGAAAUUCUACCAAUACUGCUCUGAACAAGGAAUCGCUUUGGCCAAACGAAACUUUACUCUGAAAUAUGACACUAAUAUACCACGGCAGGUGGGCCUUGCUGGAAGCAGUGCUAUUGUGUCAGCUACACUUAAGUGUUUGAUGAAGUUUUAUGAUUUAAUUGAUGACGAUUUGCCAAAGCCACUCAGGGCAAACUUCAUUCUGAAUGUAGAGACUGAAGAGUUAAUUAUUACAGCAGGACUUCAGGAUCGGGUAGUCCAGGUUUAUGAGGGAUUGGUUUACAUGGAUUUCAACAAGGAGUUGUUGGAGAAACAAGGUUAUGGUAGCUAUGUUCCCAUGGAUAUAAGCUGUGCACCACACUUCUGGCUUGCUUAUAUGGGAGAUCCAAGUGAUUCUGGGAAGAUCCAUAGUAAUGUGCGACAGAGAUGGCUCAAUGGUGAUUCUGAUGUUGUGGCAGCAAUGAAAACGUUUGCAGAACUUACUGAUCUGGCUAAGAUAGCCAUCGAGUCUAGGAAUUGGAGUCAACUUUCUGAGCUGAUGAACAAAAAUUUUGAACUACGAAGGUCUAUAUACACAGAUGCUUGUCUGGGCCAAGGAAAUUUGAGAAUGGUGGAACUUGGCAGACAGUUUGGCUCAGCAGUAAAGCUUCCUGGCAGUGGAGGAGCAGUGAUUGGUCUCUGCCUAGAUCCUGACAACUUGGUUGAGUUAAAGAAAGCAUUCCAGGAAGCUGGGUUUGUUAUCUGCAAUGUUGUUCCAUAUGGGCCUUGAGUUUCAUGAAAGUUUUUUGAACGUAUUAAUUGUAAAGGAGCUAUAUCAGUAGGAAAAUAGGUUGAAAUGAAAAAUGUAAUAGUAAAAUGAUUCACUUAGACUUGAAUUGGAAAGAAAAAUGAAGAAAACUACUACCACGGUACAAUUUGUUUAAACAUUAUUAGUUUAGAGGAUAUCUUGUCUUGCAAAGAACAAAAGCUCAGCUACUUGAUGCUGAUGUGAAAUGAUGUUCGGAUGUUUGAGAGAUGUUACAAACAUGGUAAGACCAUUGGAUCUCUGACUGAAACUAAUGGACAGUUCUCCAAAUUCAUAAACAUCGGUGAAUAUCCACCAAUCUAAUGAGUUUAAGACAUGCAUUAUAUAAUGUCUCAAAUUUUAAAUAUAUUACUGAAACAUACACUAAUGGAUACAUAAAAGGAAGUGACAAAGAGAUCUCAUGCAUAUUAAAUAACAUUAUCAACUGGUUGACAAAAUGGUUGACAAAUAUCAUUUGAGCCAGUGGAUAAAUGACAGCCAUGAAUUGUUAUUUGUAUCCAACUACCAUGCUCUCUGAAUUGUAUCUAGUUCCAGAACAAUGGGAAAUAUUUGUUUCCAAAAUAAGCUUCCGACAUCCAUUUUACUGAUUUUGAGUAACUCCUGCUUAUAAUCCUAAAACAGACAAUUAUUUCAGAACAAAAGGCACUUAUGUAAGUACAUGAAUAGGAAAGGUUUGGAAAGAUAUGGGCCAGGAGCAUACAGGUGAGACUAGUUUAGAUUGGGAUUAUGCUUGGGACUGGUUGGGCCGAAGGGUCUGUUUCUGUGCUGUAUGACUCAAUGUCCAGGUAGUGUUAAGAUGCACCCCUUUUUCCCAAGAUAGUGUAAUGAGUUACACAGAACAUGGAGUUGAAGGAAGAUUAAGAUAUAAGAACUAGAAACAACAGCAGGCCAUUCGACCCUUCAACCUACUCCACCAUUCAAUUGGAUCAUGGCUGAUUUGAAAUUCCACACGUCCUCUUUCGUGUACUCUUUCCCCAUAAUCCUUGACUCCCCUACUGAUCAAGAAUCUAUCUCAGCCUUAAGUAUACAAAGACUCUGUCCCCACAGUUGUCUGUGGCAAAGGUUUCCAAAAACUCUCACCCCUCUGAAAAGAAAUUCCUCCUUAUCUCAGUCUUAAAUUGGCUCCCCUUUAUUGUGAGACGAUGCUCUCUGGUCCUCGACUCUCCCGUGAGGCUACAUAUCCUCUCAGCACUUACCCUGUCAAGCCCCUUAAGAAUCUGCU